AUGGAUGAAGACAAACUGAUUGAAGAAGCAAUUGAAGCUGAAUUAAGACAAAUCAAUAUUUCCCCAUCAGAAAUAGACGAACUCGAGGAACAGUCUGAAGAAGAGAUUCCUCUUGAUCCAGAUUAUGACUCAGAUGAAUUACCCAAGUCUGUCCUUUACUUCUUGGAACAAAUGAAGCAAAAAGGUGAAAUUGUGGAAAAGCUGAUUCUCCAGGAUUUAGAGCAACCUGAGUAUGAUAUUUAUCCUGCUCAUGGUUAUCCUGAAUCAGAAAUGUUGAAAGAAGCGGCUGCUGAGUUUGGUGAGGAUCAUUUAAACCUGAAGGAGAGGAUACUGGCCCAAAUAGAGGAAGAAGAACAAAGAAUACAGACUCACAUAGAACCCCAACAGAACCUAGACCACAGUUUUCAAGUGGGGACAGAUAAUCAGUCUCCUAGGGAUGAGACAACUUUAGAUCAUGAAGAGGCUAUAACUCGUGAGUGCAGAGAGGUGGAGGAACGAUGUCAGCUAUCAUUGCAGCAGUGGGAAAUAAAACAGAAAGAGCUGCAGAAAACAAAGCUGGCAGAACUGAUGGAACAGAGAAAACGAGAGAAGGAGCUAGCAGUGGAGGAAGAGGAAAGAGCCAAGAGUAGACAGCAACAGUUUGAAGAAAAACUGGAGAAACUGGCAGAGGAGAGGCAGCAAGAAAAGAUGAAACAACAGGCUAAACUAGAAAAGAAAAUCAGACAGGAACAAGAUGCUUUGGAACGAGAGUUGAAGCAACACGAGGCAUUAAUACAAUCAAUGCAAAUUAAAAUAGAUGAAGAUCGAAAAGUCUUUGAAGAACAGCAGAAUAGAGAGAGGGCACUAGUGAAAGAGUUGCAAGACAGAGCAGCAACAAUGAUUCAGGCAAGAUUUCGGGCACAUUUGGUGCGUAAAAAACAUGCACCAAUACUGAAGGAAAGAAGGAAUGAAAGGAAUAGAAAAAAACACCUGCAGUUAAGGAUGGCACAAGAAAAGAGAGAAUUUGAAGAGAAAAUUAAAAAAAAGUUAGAACAAAAACGGAGAGAAGAGGAAGAGGAGGGAAGAAAGCGGGAAGAAGUUAAACGAUUACAAAGGGAAGAACAGAAACAAAGACAGAUUGAAUAUGAGAAGAGAAAGGAGCAGGAACGACAUAGGUUAGAAAAGGAGAGACAAAUAAAAUUGGAGGAACUCCAAAAAAUGCAAGAAGAGAUAAAAAGAAAAGAGCUACAGAGAAAGGCAAAGGAAGAAAAGCAACAAGAAGCAGAACGAAAGAAAGCAGAGGAAAGAAAGUUAUUAGAAGAAAAGAAAAAGGUGGCCUUAAAACAAAGGAAAAAGACAGAAGUUGAGAAGGAAGCUGAACCACAGCUAAGUGAAGAAGGAAAUGUUAAUUCCAACAUAAAUAAACAUGAAGAAGCUAAACAAUAUGAUAACAUUUCAGAAAAUAUGUGUGUUCUUCUGAAUGAAAAUAUAGGAUUGUCUCAUAAUACACAGAAAAACAACACUUUGAUGAAUGACACUGAAGUUGUCAGGCAAUAUACAGUUGUGAUGGCUACUGGUGCAAAACUGGAAAUGAAACUUCCAGCUGAAGAAGUAGUGGAAAGUACAGCAGAGAAUAUAUUUGCAGUGGAAUCGAGUAACACAAUACCAAAAACCAACAGCUUACUGCAAAUAGACAAUGUAUGUACAGUUACUGAAAGGCACCCCGGCAGACUAUCAAGUGCAGGAAUAUCUGUUUUAAAUGCUCAUAAUAAUAUACAUAAGGAAGAUCUGAUUGAUGUUCACAAAAUAACUCAACAUGUGGAUCUUAUUUUUGAGGAGCACUUCUCAGCCACAAGGCUCACCCUACCUGAUCAUAUUGAGCAAAAGAGACUAAAUUGGAUGAAAAUGUGCACUCCUUGGUCCAAAAUUAGCAGAGAAAACAAGACGAAGAAAGUGAAACAACAAGUCAGACUUCGGAAUAAUCCUGUUAACCAACUGCCUCCUCUGAGUCCUGAAGUAAUACUGCAGUCAGGGGUUUGGACUUCACUUCAGCAGGUUACAACGGUCACUCUUCAAGAUUUGCCUGGUUUCAGCCUAUCCACGUUUUCACAAUGUCUGAGACUUAAAUCACUUACACUUCGAAAAUGUGGACUAGAGACAUUGGAGGGUGUCAAUAAUUGCAAAGGUUUAAAGUACAUUGAUGUGCAGGAAAAUAACAUCAGGAAUAUCCACUGCCUAGAGUUAGAAAAUCUGUGUAUUCUUCUGCUUAAUCACAAUCAGAUAACCUCUAUGCAUGGUCUGGAGAAUUGCAGCAACCUACAGAUUCUUGAAUUAUCACAUAAUAACAUCACUCGGAUAGGUGGUCUGGAAUCUCUUAAGAAACUUCAGAGGCUGGUUUUGGAUCAUAAUCAAUUGAUAAGCACCAAAGGUUUAAGUGGAACUCCUACCCUUCUCUACCUUGAUUGCUCCUUUAACUAUCUCGACAGCAUAGAAGGCAUUGAUAACUGUGGACUUCUUCAAAGUCUGAAGUUACAAAACAACAACCUUUCUGAGCUGCCCAAGUUUGGAAAUCAUGUUUUACUGCGGGAGUUAUAUCUGGAUGACAAUAGCAUCUCCUCCCUGAAUCUGCUGUCUGAAUACUGGCUACCAAUGCUUCAAUAUCUUUCCAUUUCCCAGAACAGCCUGACGCACCUUACAGCCAUGUCUAACUUCCUGCUAUUGGAGAGGCUUAAUGUUAGCAAUAAUCGCUUAUCAGAUCUCAAGAGCUUCCUUUUAAGUCUUAAUGGAUGUCAUAGUCUGCUGGAGUUGUUACUAGAUGGGAAUCCAUUUCAACAAGAGUCAGGCUGGAGAUGUUCAAUCCUGAAAAUGUUGCCAAGCCUGAAGACAGUGGAUGGUGAGAGGAUUAGUUCCACUGAUGAUCUUUAUGCAGAAAGACAUAGCAGGCUUUCACCAGGGAGUUUCCUGGCACUGUGUCAGGCCCAGCUUCAAGACUUUGAGUUAUUACUCAGGAGACAUGAAACUGAACUAGACUCAAUAUUGGACUCUUUGGACAUUACAGAAAUACGCUGUCAGCACUGUGAGGAACUGAUGCAGCUGGCUGAAGAAUGUAGAUAUGCCCAUGAGUAUGGAGAGUUAUGCCUUACUGAAGAGAAAAAACAUCUUAAUAGUCUUCAUGAGGAAGAACUCAAUGUUGGAAAGCAAUGUAACAAGCUGACCAUCAAUCAUACAAAAGAAAAUAGCCAGAACAAUGACAGAAAAGUUGUUUCUGACCCAGUUCAGACUGCUGUUACCUACGCUUCUGAAAACAGAAAGCAAAGUGAUUAUUUACCCAUUGCUUGUCAGGAUUCUGAGCACUGUGACCCCAGACUAAUUGUAAACCAGGAGAGAACUGCUAUUGCUCUGCAGGAUUCCAGAACAAGGAAAGGCCCAAUACAUUCUGAAUACAAAAUAAUACUGUCAGAGCCACAGAAUGAAGAGAGUUUGAGGGGGAAGCUCCAACAACAUAUUUCACAGGACAGCUUAGAAAACUAUGCAGCUACUGUCUUACAGUCCCACUGGCGGGGAUAUAUUAUUCGUAGACAAAUUCAUAUGUGCAUGGUACUCCACAAUGCUGCUUCAGUGAUUCAGACUGCAUGGAGAGAUUACAACAACAGGAUGAAAGUCGCCUCACAGAACACUGCUCAGACUCCAGCUAAGAAAUGGAAGAUAUUUGAUGGAAGUGAAGAAAGCAGAGAUAGAGCAGUCGCCAUCAUCCAGGCACAUUGGCGAGGCUGCCUCCUACGGAAGAAGUUGUCUCAUGCUUUAGCAGCCGUUCAAACUGAGGAAGAAGAUGUCUUUGAAGAAGUUGAUUUGAAUGAAUUUACAUUUGAUGAGGCCACCUUGGACAAAGUCUGGAUAACCUCAGAUCCUGAAACUUCUUCCCAAACUGAAAACCAUUACCAGCAACUAAAGGCUCCUCAUAAUACUGCUGAUUCAUUUGGUUUACCAAGGCCCCUGCAACAAGCAUGGCAGGAUGAUGAUAUCAGUAUUGUUGAAAAAUUAGGAUCUCCGUCCUUUUCACCAGCAACUACCAGUGUUCUGCAAUCUCCCAGCAGAACUGUGUCAAGGUUCUCUGAGGCUACAUCUUGCAGUAAGCAAUGCGUCAGGUCAGAGAAAGAAGAACAAAUCUCUCUAGAAUGGGGCUUUAAGGAUGCCCAUACUGCACAGCUAAUGCUGAAACGAGCUCAGAAAAUGAAAUCCAAGAAAGCAGAGGCUAAAAAAUUGCUGGAUCCAGUUGCACGACUGGCCUUGUUCAACAAUAAGAAAAAUAAACAUUCUCCUGUGAAGCCAAAGAAAAAGAUAUCUAAUCGUGUGGAAUACUUUAGAGCUCCUGAAGAACUCAUUCAUCAAGACACUACCUCAACAGAGAUACUGCAAAGGAGCAGAGAACUAACUUACCAAUGGCUUCAUACUCAGGUGGCUAAUGAUGAACAAACAAAUUCCAGAAUUAUGAAAAAUCAUCACUUCCUGCCAGAGCUGGAUGCAGAAGUACUGAAUGGUGGCCGUGUUCAACUCAUGGCAAGUCAUGUAGGUAGAGAAUGCUCAGAUUUAGACAUUGUCUCCGUAACCAGUAGUAGUACCAUAAAUCAAACAAGUGACGGAUUUAAUUAUAGUCACUGGCUCUCAUCAGGAUCUACAAAAGUCACGGUGCCAUUGAAAACUGGUUCCAAACCUUUGAAGCAAGAGCGCAUAACUUUCCGAAACAACCGUGUGCGGCUCAGCACAGGAUGGGGAAUUGGGAAGAGACGAGGGAAAACUUUGUAAUCGUUUUCUGCCUUCAGGCAGUGACAGUAAAAGGUCAAUGGAUGUGUUUGUGAUCAUAAAGUCUAUGUCAUUAAAAUUUAAAGGUCUUAACAUGUUUUUUGCCCUU